AUGGACGACGGUACUUCCCCAAGAGAUAAUUCUCCUAUUACUUCCAUAGCUUCUCUUCCCCAAGAGAUAAUUCUCAAAAUUUUCACCACUCUCCCUCCCAAAUCUGCACUCUCUUUAAGGUGCACUUCUAAAUUCUUCAAUUCUUUCAUCCCUCACCCGCACUUCGCGUUUAGAAUCCUCUUCUCGUUCUCAUCCGAAACCCAUCCCACAAAUCUGUACACUGUGGACUACACUACUAAAGAGAGCCAUGGAAGGCUCCAACCCACCAGUCUCCAAUGCUCAGCAGAUGAAUUGCAGCGUUUUAAACGACUGAAUGGUUCAAGCUUUGCUGAUGGCAAGCUUUGUCUGUUAAACACAAAUGGAGAGACCAGUAUCUUGGACCUUAGUACAAGACAACAUAUUUCUCUUCCCCAAACAUUAUUUGAGGAGCCAGAGCCCGGGGACCUGGGGAUGAAAACGUUUUCCGGUACAGCCCUGGGUUUUGAUCCGGUGUCGAAAAGGUACAAGGCUUUGAAGUCAGAAUUAUACCUUAAUAUUGUUGACGACUAUUAUCUGGGUGUGUUGAAGGUUUUAACUCUUGGGGUGGAUGAAUCAUGGAGGGCGGUGACUACAGAAAACUCCUUCAUCCCUCGCAAGCCCUAUGCUAGUGUUCAAAUUGAUGGUAUUAUCUAUUUGAUAAGCUUUAAGAUAAAUUCCAGGGAUGAACAAGAAAUAGUUGUAUUUGAUAUUGGAACAGAGAAUUUAAUUAGUAUGAUACCUUUUCCCUAUAUAUUCCAACACUCAGGUGUGACAUUUUCAUCAUGGGUGAAAUUAAAUGGUCGACUAGCUUAUAUUUAUGUUGAUGUAAAAGAAAGGACCCGGAUAUUUGUUUGUACUUUGGAGAAAUCAAUGGGACCAGGGUGA